UUAUCGGCGUAUGUAGACAAGCCGUUUAAAAUAGAUGAAAAAUAGUCUACAACAUGCCAAAAAAUGUUGGAAAAGGUUACGAACGAUACAAUCGACCUGUUUUACAGAAUGAUAACAGUUCGGACUGGAAAGGAAACUUUGGCGAAAGAACAUCCCUGGAUAAUAUUGCAUGUCAAUUAAGAAAAGUGUCAUUUAAGCCAACAAGGGGCUACAAGAAUAGGUUCACCAAUGCAUUUACUAGGAUCAAGGAACAUUUUGCAGAUGAUAUCGAGAUGUCAGGUUCUGGUAAAAAACAGAUGUACUCCCGAGGUGGAGGUGGGAGAGAAAGAUGGAUGAGGUGUGAAAAAUAUAGACCUUUGCCACAUGAAAGCGACGACGAAUUUGUUAGGAAGCAAGGGAAGCUGAUAUCGAAUUCUAUGGCAUGGUAUAAUGUUAUUAUUCCUUAUGGACAUAAAUAUAAGAAGGAAUAUAUCGUGCAAGUGUUGUCGGAUAAUAUUACACCAGAAACAUUUAUUCCAAUCAUGUACAAGGUGGAAGAUAACUUUGCUAGUUUCUACGUGGAUGACUUUAAGAUAGCGGACAAGUUAUCUUCUUGUAGUCGUAAAAUAACAGCGGAGGAUGGGUUUAAACUCAUUUUGAAAGUAAAACCAGCUCUUCCAAUAUCUGACAUCAAUCAACAGACGAAGGAGAGAAUUAAAUUGGCAAUGGCAAAAAGAUUUGUAGAAGCCACUAACGCUUUGGAUCUUUCUCAGUUUCAUAGAGAUCCAGACUUACGGGAUGAUAUAUUUUGUGCAUUGUCACGUACAAAUAUCUUGGUGACAGUGUUAGAAAUUGUUGCUGAACAUACUCCUUCCCUGGAAGCUUUAAAUUUAGAUAAUAAUAAACUUCGAACAGUGGAAAUGCUUGGAUCGAUACUUUUUCGAAAGUUACCAUCUCUUAAAAUUCUUCAUAUAGGAAAUAAUCAGAUACGACUGUUAAGAGACAUAGAUUCUCUGAGAAAGUUGAAGCUCCAGGAGUUAUAUCUCAAGGGAAAUCCUCUCUGUGAUAAAUAUAACAAGCGUCAAAGUGAUUACAUUAAUGAUGUGCGAUCGCGGUUUCCAAAACUUCUGAAAUUGGAUGGCGAAUUACUACCAGUUAGUAUUUCGUUUGACGUAGAAGAUGAAGAUGAAAUCAAACUACCACCCACUCAAAGGACAUUUACCAUUAAUAACGAGGCUCGUCAAAUAGCCACAACAUUUCUCCAACAGUAUUUCACAAUCUUCGACAGUGAAGAUCGGCAACCUUUAUUAAAUGCAUACAAUGAAGACGCCUUUUUUAGUUUGACGAUAUCAGUUCCUUACGCUGGGGUUAACAGAUUCUCCGCUUACCUACCAGUAAAUAGGAAUUUGUUUCGUGUGAACGAUUCAGAAAAACGUAAUCGCUUGUUGAAGCGUGGGAGAUUACCUAUUGUUACACUUAUUUCUGAGUUUCCAAAAACUCAACAUUACUUGAAUACAUUUACUAUGGAUUUAGGAGUUGUAACGGAGACCAUGAUGAAUGUCACCGUCACUGGACUUUUCAAAGAAUUGAGUACAGAAACUAAAGCCCUUCGAUACUUCGACCUAACAUUUAUCAUCGUUCCCCAAGGAUCGGGCUAUUGUAUACGCAAUGAACAGCUACACAUUAUGGAUCCUUCAAAAGCUCAAGAAAGGCAACUGGAUAAAAUAUUAUCCAGCUUUACUGCAGUCGAAGACAAGGAACAAACUGUGCAACGAGAACGUAUGACAUUAGAAUUAAUGCAAAAGACUGGUAUGAAUUUAGAAUGGAGUCAUAAGUGCCUAAGUGAAGUUCAGUGGAAUUUCGAAACUGCGUUACAAACAUUCAAACAAUUUCACGAACAGGGACUAGUGCCAUCGCAAGCAUUCGUUGUUAGCAGUUAAGUUAAAAAGUUGUAUAUAAUGUGAUUUACUAUAAAGAAUUAUUGUUUCAAGUGAUGUAAGACUGUAUGUACAUAUAAUUAUUGUAAUUCCUUUGGGACAAAUAAAAUGUUCCAGAACCGA